AUGGGCCCGGCUGCAGAGCAAGAUACCUACGUCCUUGACUCCAUUCCAUCGGGCGUCAUGAGCAGCCCGGAUGAUGUAGACGCCGACAUGAUCCAGGUCUACGCCGGUACCAAGUACCCCUGGGACCCUCCAGUCCACUUCUGCCUGCUCCAAGACGAGUUCGCGCCACACGACAACGCCGCAAAGCAGACUGCCUCAAACGACAUCGAGGGUCUCGUGGGGCCAUACGGACCUAUUCUAGUCAGGCUCUACUUCAAGCAUGUUCAUCCCGUCCUCCCGAUCCUCUCCAAGGGGAGGUUCCUAAGGCAGUACGCCUCCAAUAAGACGAAGCUCCCAGCGUCCCUCAGAGGGGCAGUAUACGCGCUGGCCUCCGUUUUCGAGAGGAAAGACCCAUCCCUGAAGGGACCCUUUCCUUUCCAGCAACACCAGCUUGCCGAUUACGCGACCGACUCCCUGCAGCGAGAGCUCGACUCCCCAAACCUGGCCAAAUUACAGGCUAGCUUACUCCUGCUGCACGUCAAGCCCAACCAUGUCGACAGUAUUGAGCAUCCACGGACCUGGACCUCGACCGCCGAGGCUGUGGCUAUAGCGCAAAUGAUCGGACUACACCAGGAUCCAGAGCGGUGGUCCCUCGCGCCCUGGGAAAAGAGGCUGCGCAGGAAGCUCUGGUGGGCAACAUACAUCACAGACGUAUGGUCGGCCGUAUGCCACGGAAACCCACCACACAUCUAUCCCGCAUCUUUCAAUACUUCCGUGAUCGGAAUGGAGGAUUUGAGGAGCGAUGAAGAUCUGUCCGAAGACCUCAAAGUCAUGGUCGAACCUAUCAGUGCUCGUUUCCAUGUGUCUACCGGAGCGCGCUUUCUAGAGUUGGUGAAAAUUAGUAAAACGGUGCGAGACCUGAUUGAUUAUAGUUUUCAAGUGCCGAGACUGCGGCCGCCGAGGCCCGAGGAAGCUACAGAUCACGCGCGACUGCUUGAGAUGAAAGAGGCACUCAGGGACUGGGAAGACAUGCUACCCCAUGGUCUGCUAAUGCCCGCUCCCGAAAGAACAACCGGCUCAUCCAACAAUGAGCUAGCACCCCUUCAUCUGGCCUACCAUGCCUAUCAUGCUCUUCUGUUCCGGGCGCUCAUGAGCCCGGCGACAAAUGAGGCGAAGAGCGACCCCUCUUCGAACCUUUGCCGCUGGUUUGGUAUCGCCGUGGCCGAGUUUCAAGGCUUCGCGAAGUUCAUGGAAGAGGUCACAGCCGAGGAUCUGCAGGGUUUCUGGGGGCGCCAUGCUCGAUCCCAACUCAUACUUUGCGGGAACUUCAUCAUCUUCCUAUUCCUGCAACAGCCCAAGUCUUUAGAUCUUCAGUCCGCCUGGAGUCUAGUCCAGACCCUGCGCUCAUCCUUGUACAGGCUCGAGAGCCAGGCAGAUGACGUGGCAAAGUUGCUGAUUCGGCCUGUGUUGUUGCGCAUAGAGUCACUUUUCUCCCAAGGACCGGAGCUCAUACGACAGUAUCAUUCAGCGAGAGUGGCCACAUCCUCGGCACAGGGGGACGUAGGGCCCUCGUCACAAAGCCAGUAG